AUGGUCUGGUGGUUGUGGAGCAUUUUGAUACAAACUUCCCUAAUCCCUAUCCCUGCUUCAGAGAGUGAGAGUUCCUCUCCUCUGCCUCUCCACUCCUCCUCAAGCGCUCAGCCUAUUGCCCCCUCCUGUCUCUUUCCCGCCGACCGCCGACCGCUACCUUCCACCCUCUGGGUCCCUCAGCGCCGCAGUCAAGUCUCCUCUCUUGUCCACUCCUUCUCAAAGUUCAAACCCCAGACCCCGCAGUUCAAGUCUCCGCCGACAGACCUCCCACCCUUUGGGUCCUCAGCGCCGCUUCCCACCCCAGACCCCCUGAGUGGCUCGGUCACUCACUGCAGGUGUCGAGCUCACUAUCGUGGGUUCACGGCAACGUCGUCUUCUUCUCCUUGUCGUGGCAGACUCGUCGCCGGUCAUCAUCGCUGGUCUUCUCCUUUUCUCCGUCGGGUUGAUGUGAUUUUGAUUUCUGAUUCUGAUUUAUAUUUCUGA